CGGCUGCAUUUGAUGAUAAACGCUCGGGGGUAUUUCGGCGAUUAAAAUUCGUGGAAUAAAUGAAAUUCCAGCCAUUCCACCUCCCAAAUAUCGAAAACUGAGACAGUGCUGAUAGUUAGAAUAAAGUCCUUUUUUCGAGAUGCGAGCACGAAUAAUCCUCUUUUCUUUUUUUCCGGGUAACGAGGAUCGAACUUCUAGCAGAUGUCGCUUGCAAGCACCGUCAGCUGAAAACAUUGCAUUUACAGAAGUCACUCGCCUCGUCCUACGCUUGGGGCUUCUUUUCGUGUGCUUGUGCUUCAUGUGGGGGGAUUCAGCCAACAUGUAUCAAGUCAGAUAAAUGGCUAAGAGAUAAGAAAGUUUAAGCAGAGUCUCUUCGGGAGUUCUAGUAACUCAGAUAAGAAUGUUGGGUGGACUAUAAGGCAUCAGGUGAGGUUGGUGAGGUCUUGCUGGUGGAACCUGGACGGCUCGCACUCCCCUGCUGCCCCUGCGAUCCCAACAUGGAACAUAACACUAGAAGAUUUAGAUUAGAUGCAGAGAGGUUAUAUAUCGGGCUGAAAGCAGCGUUCCGGAUAUUUACUUGUACCCUGAAUAACUUCUACUGCAUCCCGGUUCAUAUGUGUUGGGUCCUUUUGCUCCAACCGAUAAAAUGGGUCUCAGAGACAACAUACUGGUUCCUGGAGGGCAUUAUGUUCCGGUGGCUGUUGUCCAUGGUGGCAUUGUGGUCCUACAGUGCUGGGUACAAUGUUGUAGAAGUUGGUGAUGAUGUGUGGGAUUUGAUAGAAGAACGGACGCUGGUGCUGUUCAACCAUCAGUCCACUUCUGAUGUGCCGCUCAUCAUGGCCGCCUUCAACUCCCGCCCCAAUCUGUCCAACAACAUCAUGUGGAUCAUGGAUCAUGUGUUCAAGCUGACCAACUUUGGCAUCGUGUCAUGGGCUCAUGGGGACUUCUUCAUACAUGGGGGCAAACAUCACAGAGAAGCAUCAUUGCUUGAACUGGGAUCACACUUACAGAAGUUCUAUAUCCCACGAAAGCGAAAGUGGCUGGUACUCUUCCCAGAAGGUGGAUUCCUCAAAAACCGAAAGGCAUCCAGCCAAAGUUAUGCCAAGAAAAAUAACCUUCCAGUGUUGGAAAAUGUUGCUUUGCCUCGUGUUGGUGCCCUCAAAGUCAUAGUUGAUAAUGCAGCAGCUGAGCAGCAUACUGAUGAUACUGAUAAGAUCAAGUAUCUACUAGAUGUCACUAUAGCAUACCCUGGUGGACGACCACUGGACCUACCAACUAUUUUUGGAGGCUGGAGACCAGCGUGUGAUACAAUCUUCCAUUAUCGCAGAUAUAAUAUUGAAGAGAUUCCAAAAGACGAGGAAACGUUGACUAAGUGGCUGUAUGCUCGUUAUGAAGAGAAGGAAGCUAUUCUCCAGGAAUAUUAUGACACUGGCAUCUUCCCAGAUGCUUACACUACACAUGACCCCAAGUUCGAACCAGUAGAGACACGCAGACUAACGGGGCAGAGAGUAGUUCAUGAUACUCUGGAAUUUAUCCUGCGUCAUAUUUUCUAUAUUGUUUCCACGUGGAUUUGGCUGUCAUUUUUGUACUGGGUGUUCACUUCAAUAUGCCAGUUGGUGUGGUGAUUCGGCUCUGGUGGGGAGAACGUACCUUGCGCUGUACGGGAAAAUGUGUAAUGACAGGUUCAAGUCUUGCAUCAGAAGAAAGAAAGAGAAUGACAAGCAAAGAGGUUUUGUGAUUGAUUUUUUACAACUGUGCUGAAAGUUAUUUGUGGACUACUUGUAUGCAAAUACAGCAUGACUUGAAGAGUGAGGUUGCAUAAUAAAUGGCAUAAUAAGUGACCCAGGAAUCUUUAACAUAGGGUCGUGUGAAGUUGUGAACUGUGUGAAAUGUAUCUUGUCACAGACAAAUGCAUGUAGAACAGAAGGUAUUAGAUAGUGAGAGAAUGUGCAGUGUAUUCUCAGUAGUCACAAAGUGAAUGAUAGAAAAAAAGAGCCCAUGUAAUGGAAAAAAUUCACACAAUGAUAGAAUGGGCGAUGGCUUUUGUUUUUAAUAUAGAACAAGCACAUCACUAUCAUCAAGGAUUGCAUUUUGAUUUAUAUCUAGGUCAUUGUAGCUUUAAAUAUUUUUACACAUUCUGUACAAUGUACAAUGCUUUCCCACUGCAGAUAUGACCUUAAUGUGACAAUGCAGCAGUUACAGUGAUAAUGACAGUUGUAGUGAAUAAAAUCCUGGCCUUUUUGUAACUAAAGAGUCUAGCACUAACAUGGGCUUCAUAUACAUUUCUCUUGAUCAUAUCAUGAUUGAAGUCUUAGUGAAGCUUUUACUGCAGAUGCCAUUCCCAGAUUUAAUCUUUUAUUACACACUGUGUCAUAUUUGUUGUAUGCCUUAAUUCCAAGUGCAUGAGUGGUUGCUUCAGAGCACAGGAAGAGCUGGUUCUCCUUGUGCUCUUCACUAUCUUUUACGGAAGAGGGAACCUGUGUAGUGCCAUCAGUGAGUGAGAGAUUUUGUUUGUAGAUAGAAACACUUUUGGAGGUAUGUCUAAUGUUGAUAUAAUUAUUUUCUUUAGGAUUUAUUAUUUUCAACAUUGUUUUUGUAUGUUAUUGUCAGUGUGUUAGUACUUAAUAUUGUUUUUAUGAUGGUUUAAUAUUAUUAUUAUAGUUAUUAUAUUCCUUUUUUUCAUUUUUUAUUCUUUUAAUUUUAAUUCUAUUAUCAUCAUUAUCAGUAUUAAUAUUAUCUUUAUUAUUCACAUAAUUAUUAUUAUUAGUUAUUAUUAGCAUUUCCUCUUCUCAACACAACCUUUCUCUUUCUUUCCAGUACAGUCAGUUACUGUAGAGCAUUGUAGUCAGUGCCAUUUGUAGCCAGUUUAAUACUGUCCUUUGGCUGUACUCAGUCAGUGUGACAUGAUUAGAAAUCGGGGAAGAAUCCUUGUUUUUAUCUCUUCUUUUUUUUCCCCCGUCUCUUAAAAUUUGUCGUAAUUUUUUUUUUAGUGGACAUGAAUAUUGCAACAUGAAAACCUCAUGAAUUAGUUCAUUAGCAAAUGCGCUUAUGUACAGAACCUGGAAAAAUGUAAUAUUGCUCCGCAUAGAGAAGGUAGUUGUAUCAUGGGUGAGUAAAUGCUGGAUAGUAAAGGAAUAUAUUUAUCAUAACAUAUUAAUUUUUUUUUUUUUUUUUUUGUUAUUAGAUUAACCAUUAUAAUGUGAUAUAAUUUGACACAAGAAAUACACAAGUGAACAUAAUCUUUUCCUUUAUAAAUGGUCAUAGAAAAUAGAUCUUAUGCAGGGUAGAAAAUUCAGGUACAGUUGAUUCUUUUUUCUUUUCACUUUCUUUUCUCAUUUUGAAAAUAAAUUAUGCACAUGUGACAAUUCUGAGGAUAAUCGAGUGAUCAAGUAUAGCACAUGAUCACCGUUCUGUUGUUGUCUAUUAUAAGUAGGAAGCACUAAUGAGCUUUUGGGACAAACCUUAGUACGGUAAUAUUACAGAAAAAUUUACAGGGAGGGUGAGAAAGUUAAUGUGCAUGAACAAAGCACAGCAUUCACAGCACUCAGCAUUUGUGUGCUCUGUCAGACAUGCAACAUCCUCAUUAUGUUGUGUCAUGUACAGGUAGACACAACUUCCUAGGAUUUCUUGGUUACUCUUUUACAGUUAGAAAGACUUGACCCAUUGCUUUAGUGGUAGAUGGUGAAGCCAAAAUACGAAACUAGUCACAAGUAUUACGAGGGCAUUAAUUUCUCUUCUCUCUUCCAUGCACCUGCCAUCGCAUUCAAACCCUAUCUCACUCACAAUGCCGCAGUCUCAUUGGUACUUAGGGAAAUAAAGGUUGAUAGUUCCUGUGUGAUUGCAGUCAGUCAGUAAAUCAGUGCAUCAUAUUAUUGUUGUAUGAACAAAGUACAUAUGUUUAAGACUGUGUUGUCAUCAAGAUUUGAGGUAAAUGGGCAACAGUUAAUUUUUAUGAGUUGUGUAAAGUUUUAUUUUUCAUUUCCUAGUCAACCAAAUACAUUUGAAAGAUGUAUGGUCUUGGCUUAUUAAUGGUCAGUAUUUUAGGUUGACAUGCUGUUUUAUUUCUAAAAAAUAUUUACUAUACAACUUGCCUCCUUAAGGAUAGAGGUCAGUAGAUUUCAACGAAUGUGUUCUUAUAUUUGAUAUUAUUUAUCUCAAGAAGGCAAAGUAAAACUUAAUUAUAUAUUUAUAUUAUAUAUAUAUAAUCAGUAUAAAUUUGUCUUUCUUAAGAUUAUAGUUUUUUUAUGAACACAUUUUUAAAACUGAGAAUGUGAAUGUAUGAUUUUAUCCCAUUUUUUUCAGAAUUUAUUUGAUGUCACACUUUUUAUUUUUAUUUUUUAGCCUUUCUAUUCUUUUGGUAUGUAUUUUUUUUCUGCAUUGAUGUGUGCAGCAUUGGCUAGAAGAAAAAUGUUAUUUAUUUUUACUGGAUAAUAAUUGUAUUUUAGAAAGUAUAUAUAUAUUAUUAUGAUGAUUAUCAUUUUUAUUAUCAUGUUUUUCAUUAGUAUUUUUACAUUCAUGUUUUGAUUUUUAGAUAUUCCUGAAGCUUGAUUAAUGCAUAUUAAUGUUGAAUCUUUUCUUGAAAAAUCCUGAAGACAUUUAUGACAUUAGCAAAGGAAGAUAUCUGCUAUUAACUUUAAAGCUGUAAUGAACUUGGAUGUGCACCUCUGUGAAUGAUUAUGCUUGAUUUGUUAUAAAGAGGAAGAAUUAUUUGUUUAUUACUCAUUCUUUAUUGGAAUUCUUAACUAAAGUUUGCAACCAUAUGUGGGAAUGAGUUUCUCGUAUCUUUCGUUCAGAAGUUAAUCAUCUAUCAAUAAUUUCUUUGUGUUUAGAAGUCCUUCUUCAUUGCAUCCAUGGAGGCUUAUUUGUCUUUACAAAGGCUGCAUUGUUCUGUUUCUUUCUACACUGGAAAUGCAUGAAAAAAAAACUUUAUUUUAUGUUAAUAGAUUUAUUAACCCAUUGGUGCCAGGUACAUAUAUUGUUAAUUCUGUUUACUUAUAGAUGGUUCCACAAGCGCUUAGUCACCAACCUGACCUCACCUAUUUACCCGAUUCCUUUAAUUCUUUGGAGAAGUUUUAAUUCUAAUGCUGUUUUUAUUGUUAUGAGUGGUAUUAUUAUAAACAGUGUUAUUAUUAUUAUUAUUAUUAUUAUUAUUAUUAUUAUUAUUAUUAUUAUGUUAUCAAUAAUAGUCAUGAGAAUAGAAAUGUUUCUGAAAAUUUUAGGAACAGGGUAAACAGGGGACAAGAUAUAAUAACUAAUUACAAAUAACUAUAUGUUAACCCCUUGGAUCCAGAUGCUUCACUGCCUGCAUGUGACUCAAAAUAUGGGCAUUAAGUUUACUUGAGCGCCCACACUGAUGGGUGUGAGACUUGUAGGCAGGGCAUAUAUGAAUACUUAUCUGCAAUGACAAGAUGCCAUGCCCUCCCUUUGUAAUUUUAUUUUCUCUUUUUUGCAUAAGCCUUUUUUUUUCUUUUUUUCUUUUUUCUUUCUUUUUUUUUUUCUUUUUUUUUCCCCCAAAUGUCUAUAUUUGUCAUUUGAUUUGCUUACUUUUUAAGCACAGAUACCAUAUCAUCUCUCUAGGUAGUCCAUAACUCAUUGCAAUAAUAAUAACAAUAAGUAAUAUUUUGUUUGUUGUGUAAUUCGCUUCUCAAGCCAAAUUUUUUCAUGAUGUAAUGGUCAUGUCAUCAGGAUUGUAGGGGUUAACCAGAUUAAUGAAAUAGUCUCAGUGGACAGGGCAUGUGUACAUGCCCUUUUGGCUUCAGUAGCCUAAAAAAUAUUUGUUUCAGUUUUUUUUUUCUCAGUUGAAAGAUAAGUUAUGGAAUUAGUGUUAUAAAGGCCAAAGAAUGGGAGAUUCAACUUUUUUGUAGUUUCACAUAUUUUCCUUUGCCUAAAAAAUAUUCAUUUCAGUUUUUUUUUUCUCAGUUGAAAGAUAAAUUAUGGAAUUAGUGUUAUAAAGGCCAAAGAAUGGAAGAUUCAACUUUUUUGUAGUUUCACAUAUUUUCCUAUCUUCAUUUUUUCUUUAUUUUUCUAGGAAGAUAUAAAUUCAGUGAGAUUGUGUUAUUAUCUGUAAUAGCACAUCAGAGAAUUUCCUUUUUUUUAUUGUUUUAUUUUUAUGAAGUGUAUGAUGAUGAAGAAAGUGCUUUUCGGUGGGUAUUUUAUGGUCAUAGAUAAAGUUUUUGUGUUUUAUGAAUCUGCUUUGCAAGUUUCCUUUGGUGCUGGAUGCCUUAUUUCACUGACAGACUUUGCCUAGACUUAUCAGUUUCUCAAUUUUAUGAAAAAAAAAAAAAAAUAUUAUGUACAAUACUCUUGACUUCAAACUGAAUAUCAACUCGGAAUACCAGAAGACUAAUAGCUGGUAAUGGAAUAUUGUUACAGGUAUGGUAAGAAAAUGCAAUGGUGUUUUUGUGAUUUGGCAAUCCUUUGCUCUUCUUUCAUUUUCACGACUCACUCUGUUUCCUCUUUGUUUUUGUCACUCUUUUCCUUAGUAUUUUCUGUCUACAUUUUCCAGAAACAGAUCUCAGUAGUAAUGCAAUAGACACUUUUUUGUAUCUCAGAGAAGAGUUGUAUUCAGCUGUAAGCAGAUUGACACAGAGAUGAACAUGAGAAUAUUUUUUAUUAUGUGUUGUGUCAAUAGGAUAUGUCUAAUUUACCAUGUAUAUUUGUUUUAUGUAUUUUUUUCUUUUUUGUUUUGUUUUUUGUUUUUUUUAUUGUAUGUAAGAGUGUAUGAAUUUUGUUAUUAAUCUUGCCAUACAUCUUGUAAGGUCUGGAUGGACCACACACAUGAAAAACAAAGCUAAUAAAGGAAAAUCCUCUCAGUUACUUAUUGUUAGUUUAUUUCUUUUAUUGUUUUGAAUAUUAUUAUUAUUAUUAUUAUCAUUAUUAUUGUUCUUGUUACUAUAUUUUUUCUAUUUUUUUCCCCAUAUUAAGAAAAUUAUGUGGUUGGAUUUUUUUUUUUCUUUUCUUCUUUUUUGUUUAAUGACUCUCAUUCUUUACUUAAUGGGUACAUAAAAUCUUCUAAAAGUUUAAAAUAAUGUAAGAUAUUGCAUGGAGCCAGAUUUGAUUUUUGACCUUGGAAUGCUUUCAAGAAAAUGGAUGACCUGUUGUUCUAAUCUUGCUCAUGAAAAGGACUAAAAAGAAAAAAAAAAUCAAGGUUUAUUGAAUAGAAAAGUAGAUGCAUAAAUUAUGGUUAUAGUAAAUAAGGUGACAAUCUCAGAGACAUAGAUGAUAGUUUGCCAUUCCUUUUGAAAUCUGCACUUUGCAAAAGGUCCUUAUAUUUUCAAUUUUGGGGGGUAUUUAGAUUCAAUGGCUAUCUAGAUAACUUUAUUGGUGCAAAUAUUCCUUUUCAAAUGCUAGCAGAAGAUACAUUGAUUUUUGUUCUAUUUUGUGGGUUGUCAAUGACUUGUAUGCAUAUAAUGCUUAUUAGUAAUAAUAAAAUGUGAUUUAAUUUGCAAUAGAAAAAUGUUUAGAGAAAGAUUUGUGUUAAAUUUGGAUAUGUUAAUACAAUAAGAAAUUAUACUCUCUUGAUUGGUAUUUCUGUAUAAAUUGCUGGAAACGUUGCAGAAUACUUGAUUAAAUUCUUGCAUGUCACAUAUUGUGCAAAUUACUGAGAAUGGUGAUUUAAACCAUUUGGAAACUGAAUUUAGUAAUUGAAUUGAGUGUACAUUUGAUGUGAAUAUAGUUGGGUUGACUUCCUCCUUCAGGAUAAUGCAUUGGUAUAAUAAACAUCUUUUCUAUGUUACAUCUUGAAGUCCUAGUAUAAACUACAUUAUAUAUAUUAUUAAGCAUUCUAUGUUGUAUUGAAGUGAUGAAAGUGGAUAGAGGUUAAAUAAUGUAUAUAAAGAAUGUGUUAGUAUGCAGAAUGCAGGCAUAGACUUUACAAUAAAGUAAGAAUUGUAAGAUAAAUCUGUUGCACACCUUUCUUUAUUAUUACCAUUGUUUAUUGUUUUGGUUGUAGUAAAUCUACAUUUUAUUUCAUGUCUACAGUGGGCGAUUCUUGUAUCAAGAAUUUAUUUCAUAAAGAUUUGAUUUCUAUUA